AUGUCAAUCAUUGCUACAAUUCUUACAAUAAAAGAGACUUUAUUUUCUAAUGGGUUUCCUUGGGAGGAUUUUUUUUUCACUACGGCUUUAACUAUGGCAAUAUUGUUGGUUUUUUAUGAAGUUGCAAUAAACAACUACGGUGCAGAAAGACUUGACAUCCAUAAAGCACAGAAAUGCACCACCAUGCUUUCUUAUAUGGUUCUGACUAACGACACGUUCAGCUGUAUCUUCGGUUUGGCUUGUUUUAAGUCAGAUGUCGUUACUCAUACAUUUCUUUUUCUUCACAAUUGCUAUUCAUCUUGCCCAAUUGCCUUUUUUAGCUCCAUAAAAACGCCUCGCGUCAGUCUUAACGUCGUUGUAAUUAGUCUUGUAUUUGCUGAAAUGUAUUGUUUACGUGAAACAGCCUUGCCUCUGCUAACCUUCAAGUCGACACCAGCACCCCCAGCAUCACCAUUUGAGGGUAAUGUCACGAGAAUGUUCAAAGAUGCCGUUGAUUACUGCAAAGUGACCUUUGAUGCUCUCCUCGACGUCCAUUGCUCUUCAUACGAAACUCCAAACCUUUUGGACGACGCCAUGCAAUCAGCUUCGCAAAUUAAAAGCGAGAAUGAAAACAAUGAGGAAGCCAUGGAGCUUAACGGAGAAGAAUGUAGCAUCGGUAUUGAACAAUGUCUUUCUCAACUUGACACAAGCUAUUAUUAUAUGAACCCUUCUCUUCUUGUUUUUUUCUGGGGUGUGAGAAACUCCCAUCCUGUUCUUUGGUCGUCUUUUGCCGUGCGAUCACAAUUAAACUGUAUUAAUUCCAGCUAUCAAUCACCUUGCAUGACAACCAAUCCCUCUUGGAUUGACUUGGACUGGCCUGAAUACUGUGCUUGGAUUAUGCUUAUGAUUAUCAUGACGGUUGUCAACCGCUAA